AUGUUUGUAGUUGGAGUAAUAUUGCUGUCGUUGGGUAUUGUAGCAUAUAGGUCAGAGCCACCACCUCCACCAUACUUCUACAGCAUACCUCUGUGUGGCUUUGGCAACAAGACAAAGGAUACCAACACCUUUACCAAAUGGUCGAGCUAUGCACUCACCUUUGGCCAGCCCAUCUGUCCCAAAACACCAGAGACUACCAACAUCAUCACCUUUAGCAUACCAAAGAACGUCUUGGACGAGGGCAUCAUGUAUCAGCCAGUAGUCUAUCUUACAAACAAUGUUAAGGGAAACAUUACAUUCAUGCAUCACAUCAAGGGUGGAGGCAAGACACAUAGCGAGAUGGCAACAUUCAGUUCGUUGGCCAAGACAGAGUUUGCUUACUGCGGUGGCAAAACCAUCCCUAUCUACAGAGAGGCUCCAUACAACAACACCAUCGAGGAUAAGACCGAUGACUAUGUUGAGGGCGAGGUACUCCCAGGGACUUUAUGCAACAACACAAUCAAAGGAUGCCAAUACGAGAUUGAACGAUCAUUGAACUCCUAUCAAUUGGAGAACCCAUAUGAUGUGACAGCAAUGUCUGACGAGGGAUCUGACCUAACUGUUCAGGUAUCACUGGAGUCAACAGAAAGAUUGUCGACCAUUGUCAUACCAGACCUGUUCAUUGAGUUCAAGGUGUCAGGACUGGGCGUUGCCCAGAAGAAGGGACUGGCACUGAUGAUAGUCGGUGGCAUUAUGGCCGACCUGAUGCCCGCUGCCCUGUUCUUCUUGCUGCAACACUAUUACUUUAGAAAGCCGUCGCCAAUCAGUGACGACGUUCAAGGCAUGAUACCUCUAAUGGAGAUGUAA